ACAGCUCGGGUAUUUUCCCAGUUCAGAGAGAGAGAGAGAGAUCAUCAUCUCAAGCAGCGCACAGGCAACAGCAUCAGCAUCGGUGGUGGACGCGCGCUGAAUGAUCUGAACACAUCCUCCCGACUGCACACUUGAGUGUCAUUACACAGAAAUUCCAGUCAAAGGCUUUUCACAACUGUGGGACGGGGGAAUGAUAAACCCCGGAUCCCCCGGGCCGUUGUACUGUUCGUAAGGAUGCGAUCACUGAGCCCACCGUGGGCCUCGCUACUCACCGAGGCUUUCCUCAUCACUACAGUCGCCGUCAGCGCUGCAAUGGCAGUUGUGGGACAUUGUCCUCGAAGUCUGGACUGUGCCCGGGAGCGACGGCACUUCUGCCAGCCUGGCUCUUCACACUGCGGCCCAUGCCUAGACCCAUUUGUGGAGAACAAACGAGGGAAGUGUGUGAUCAGGAGACGAAAUCACCCUGCAGUCAAGGUCAGCCAUCUCCCAGAGCUGGAUGAAGAGAUAGACAUUCUCUCCUCCAUCAUCAGCAAACACAGAGAAUCAGAGAUGAAACACUCAGCCCCCUCUCCAGCUGCUUCCAAAGCCCCUGAGGAUCAAUCCUGGCCGAGCAGUCAGCACGGAGCAGAGGCGUCUUCUACUGCUGCUACAUCAGAACAGCCUCUGACAAGUGCCCUGACUACCGCCGCCUCUACCACCAGCCCAGCCUCACACACUCCCUUUAUCUCUGCUGUGCACAGCGCCCCCUUUAUCAUCCCGUACCCCUCUGAGGACCACUCUUUCAUCAUAUUUUUGGGUGUGUUUCUCAUGGUGGGCUCAGUUGCCAUGGUCUUGACCGGAGUGUGUUGGGUCAGGAUGCAGAGAGGCAGUCGUCUGGCCCAGAAGAUUGAUUAUCCUGCUUUUGGGUCAAUAGGUUCCAGUUCUUAUGAUAGUGGCAUGACUGGUGAUAAAACACUUGCACAGAGUGCCCAGAUGUACCACUUUCAGCUUCAGAAGCAGCAAAUGAUGUCACUCAAGCAACGAAAUGAUUCCAAGAUUCCAGAGUCAGGAGCCACUUCAGAUGAGGAGAAUGAAGACGGAGACUUCACUGUGUAUGAGUGCCCAGGACUUGCCCCAACCGGGGAAAUGGAAGUGAAGAACCCACUGUUUGAUGACUCCACUUUUCAUCUUCAUCUGCAGAGAAGUUACAACUAAACACGAGUACUCAGAGGACGCAUCGACUCCACGCAUGAAAUCACAACGGUGUGCUUUCCUCAUCUGGUCCAUUCAGGCAAGGCCACAAAGGUCACCAUGGUUCGUGUGGACAUUUGAGAGCAUUUUUCUUUUGUGCUGUUAAAUACAAGUUGACACUGGUGUUGCAGCUUCCAUUCAUGAACAGAAAACAGAAUGCAUUGCAACACUGACAGAAAUAAUUCACCUUGUUAACAUGUUGAUUCACACAUACACAAGCAUUCUUUCUAAAGACCAGCCCCUUCGACCAGGACCCUGCGCUGUAGUACCUUUCAGUUUAACGGCAGAUGUGUAAAAACAUUGCAUGGAUUUCUGAUUAAGAGUUGCACCCAUCCUGUAUAAUCACUCAGAGUCUAUUUCCUUACGUCCUCUGGACCUGUUUGGUAGUAAUGUCCGUUAUAAACAUACUGUACGUAAGAGACUGGGCAUCCUGGAAAACCUUUGAACAUGAUCUGCUCUUGAUACCAGCUCAAGACUCAAUUUAAUAUCAGGUCAUUGCUGAGUUCUGUUAUGACGUCUUCUGUAGUAUAUUGUGAGUACUGUGCAAUGGAAAGGAAACUUAUUUAUAGCAUUAAUUGUUUGAACAUAUCUUGCCUGCAAACGCUAGUCAUCUUUAGAAUGGACGUGGAAGUUGAGGAGCUACGUAAAUUACGCGAUUAGCAUAUUUUAUGGUUUCUUCUACCAAAUUCGUCUGUGACUGUAUUUUUUAAAAUACCAAUGGUGAUUUUAAUAUUUUUUUAUAAUUGUGCUCACAAAAAUAACCCUAAAUGAUAUUAUGUAGCCGCUGUAUAAUCAGAAUGGUCCUACUAUGCAUGAUUUGAAGCUGUGUAAUGAAGAAAGUCAGUGUGCAUUUCUGGUUCAUUUAUAGAACAAAAACACAUGAAAUUGGAAUUUUGUAUCAAACCCAGUCAAAUCAAAAAGACCUGAUUUGCAGCGUAACAUUGUAUAUAGCUGCUAUUGUGUACAGGCCAGGAUUCUCUGAUCUAUGUGCAGAAACCUCUGUGCUAGAUCACUAAUGGUGACGUGAUAAAGUUUGAUUCCAGAGUGCGUGUCGCUCGCUGCUGUUUCUCAGGAAAUCUGCCAACAGUAGCCGGUUUCUGUGCAGCAUUUUAUGUAAUUCCUGCAGGGGAUCUGUUCAGGUUCCUCUGGAUCUUAUACCUUUGAAUCAUUUAGUCAAAAGCCGUGGAAGUAUCAUCAGUCUUUCGAUAUUGCAUUGGGGCAAAGGGAAGCCCUUCAAAUUUGAAAUGUGCCUCCUUUAACAUCCUCUAAUUGUUCUGUUCUGUUAGAGAGUCAUUGUGGGGAUGUUAACUCUGAUAUGACCUCCACAUUUCAAAAUAAGUCACGAUGGUCUUUAGUUGAGCCCAAUAAACCUUUUUCAGCUACUGAGAUUGCCUGACAUGCAUGUAAAGAUGGAAUAUAUAAAAGAGGAAAUAAAUAUUUAUAUCAGCUCAA